AUGGACAAUAGUGAAAUAAAAGUUAUUUUAUCCGAGAGAGGAAAAGAAUUAGCCAAUAAAGGCAAGUAUUACGUGAAAAUUGUAAAAGACGUGCUGAAGACUGAAGAGUCACUAUCAACUCAACCUUUAAAGUUGAUUAGAAGUGAACUUUUAAAUAAACAAUCUUCAAUUGUUCAUAAAGAUUUAAAAACGGUUCGUAAAGCUAUGUACGAUAGACGACGAAAAGUACUUCCCAAAUUGCCUAAGUCACCGGAAGACGUUUUUUUACAGUUGAAUUUAAUGAAAACUCAAGAUGAUCUUAAGUUUUGUGGACAACCAUUCAUACAUAUUCCCGAAGACAAUAGUUUUGUAUGCAUUACUUCUGAUUUCAACCUACUAUUUAUGAUUAAGCAUGAUUGUAUUGAUUUUUUCGCCGAUGGAAGUCAGUUCAUAUUAAAAAAAUUACACGUUGACUUUGAAAAGGCAGCCCACCAAGCCGCGUAUGAAGUUUUUGAAAAUGUACAAUUAAUAGCUUGUCGAUUUCAUUUAGGACAAUCAUGGUGGCGAAAAAUAAACAGCGAUUCUAUUCUCAGAAUAGCCUAUAAAAAAGAAAACGACGAACUAGGAAAUUGGCUUAAGAGUUUUUUUGGGUUAGCUUUUUUACCUAAUCAUGAAGUAGCCGAUGCAUUCGUCGAACUCAUGAGUGUCUGCCCAAAUGAUAAAGUCUGCUCAGAAUUUAGCGAUUAUGUUUUCAAUAAUUAUAUAGAUGAUGAAUCUCCAUUUCCCCCAAAUAUAUGGGCUAAAGAACCUAUGUUUGAUCCAAGGACAACCAACGCUGUUGAAAGUUUUCAUAGAACUUACAAUUCACAAUUUUAUAAGUCUCACCCACACAUACACUUGGUAAUUAUGGUUUUACAAGAAACGCAAGCUGAAACGAUGACAAAAAUUCGGUCAAUUGAAACCGACAGUUAUAAAAGUAUGAGUUUUAUUGAAAUAUGUUUGGUUAACUGCUGGCUGGCUGUUGUUUUGACGAAGAAGACUGUUCUGCUGCUGGCUACUCUUGGAACUGCUGUUGCUUGA